AGUCUAUUAACAUAUAGGAAACAUGAAGCUUUACGUGACGAUUCUUUACGGUGUCCUGCUGACUACGCUCUUUCAUAAUUCAAAAGCCAUUGUCGACUCUGACGUGAUCCAGCUGAAAAUACUAUUCGAAAGAGCAAGAGAAACGUAUAUAAACGACCGAGUUGAUCCAGAAACGAUUGCCGAUGUGGACACAGCAGUGCAGAUCUGUUUGGGAGCUCAGCAGAGCCCCAUUAGGGUGACAGUGCGAACAGUCCUCAGAGAGCUCUUGACACUCUGUCAUCAAAAGGAAUCACCAAAGUUUAUCAUAAUACCAGACUACCCUAGAACAACUACUCCUACCACAACACCAGCUCCUUCAACCAGAGGCUGGGUUCAGGUUGGCAUUGAAGACUUGAUCAAUAGAUUAGAAUCAAGGCUUCACAGAAUACGACGCAAGCUAGGUCUGUCUCGGACCGGACAAAUACCCAAGCCGGUUCCCGGGCUCUGCAUUAUAGCACAGCUUCUGGAAGCGUUCUUGUUACAUUAAGUGGUUUUUAGCUUCCCAAUUAAAACAUCACAACACAGAUAUCAAGAAUCAGUUACAAUUAGUUACCAAGUGAUGUUGUGAGUGCAAAA